AUGCCGGACACGCGACGCGUUGUCCACACCAUCCACGCUCGCUUCGGCGCCAUCAAGAACAAGCACGCCGCCUCCUCUCAGCAGCAGCAAGAGCAGAACAGCGGUGCCUCUGCUUCGCAUGCCAACAACACCGCUCAGCGUUCGACCGAGGACAGUGCCACCGGCGCUCCCACUGCACCACGUGCGGGGGAGCCGCAGCUCCAGCCACGCGCCCUUGGCGGCUCCGUCUGGGACCAGCUGCUGUUGUCCGAGACCCUCGGUGACAAGGACACCUCUGGUGGCUCAACCACCACGUGUCACGUUGCCACCAGCGCUGCUGGUACGGGGGAGAAGACAUCAGCAGUGGGUGGUCAUCUACCAGACAUCGCUGCUGGCAGUUUUGCCACGUCAGCUGAGCCAGCCACCGUCAAGGACGCGCUUGCCUCGCCAGACUCUGAGGAGUGGCGCCAAGCCAUCCUGGACGAGUUUGCGGCAAUGCAGGCCAAUGACGUCUACGACGUCGUGCCUCGCGCUGACCUUCCCAAGGGCCACAAGCUGCUCCGCAGCAUGGUCAUCUUUCGGAAGAAGCGUGACGACCAGGGCAAGGUGAUCAAGUACAAGGCGCGCUGGGUUGCCAAAGGCUACUCCCAGGUCCACGCCACCGUGCCUGUCGACGGCAUCUUCUCGCCGAAUACGGUGCUGCGCCUCAAGCGCGGGCUGUAUGGGCUGAAGCAGAGCCCGCGCCUGUGGAACCACACGCUGGACGCCUGGAUGCGCGAGCAGGACUUCGUCGCCACAGCCACGGACGCCUGCAUCUACCGCCGCACCUGCAAGGGUGGCAAAGUGAUGUGGGUUGCCGUCUACGUGGACGACCUGCUCAUCUUCGCCGACAGCGACAGCGACAUGGCCGCGUUCAAGAAGGCCAUCUCUGUAGAAACACGACAGGUGGUGUGUGUGUUUACUGUAGGCAAACGCAACAAACAAGAACACAAGGAGAAUGCACAAGUACAACAAGCUUCUGCCUAA